CGCCGAUAGGUGACGUGAACUGGUGUGUCGGGGAGUCACGAGUGGGCAGUGAUGGGAAAAGCAAAGAAGACAAGAAAAUAUGCAGUUAUGAAGAAAAUGAUUAGUCUGCGUGAUUCAAGAAUAAAAGAAAGUGAGAGAGCAAAACCUAAGAAGAUGAAAAAAGAGGAUCCCAGUGCCUUGAAAGUAAAAGAAGUGGUGAAGUAUCCUUCCUGUCUGUUCUUCCAAUAUAACACACAGCUGGGUCCUCCCUACUACAUCCUGGUUGAUACCAAUUUCAUCAAUUUCUCUAUCAAGACCAAACUGGACAUUGUGCAGUCAAUGAUGGAUUGCUUGUAUGCUAAAUGUAUUCCCUGUAUCACUGACUGUGUGAUGGCAGAAAUCGAGAAACUGGGACAGAAGUAUAGGGUUGCACUCAGAAUAGCAAAGGAUCCACGAUUUGAACGAUUACCCUGCACACACAAAGGAACGUAUGCUGAUGAUUGUCUGGUGCAAAGAGUCACGCAGCAUAAAUGUUACAUUGUAGCAACUGUGGACAGAGAUCUUAAGAGGAGGAUCCGGAAAAUUCCAGGGGUUCCAAUUAUGUACAUAUCUAAUCAUAGGUAUAACAUUGAACGAAUGCCAGAUGACUAUGGCGCUCCAAGAUUCUGAAAAGGCAGAGAUAUUCUGGUUGCACCAAAAAACAGUUUGUUGUACAUAAAGAAUAACUUUUUUCAUAUUAAAUCAAUUUGUUAUUUUAAAACACCUGCUCAUAAUCCAUAACAGGGGCUAGUUGAUGCUUUUCUUUUUCUUCCCUUCCAAUGUCCUCCCCUCCUCUUGGAUAUUUACUGGGAAUGAUUCUAUAAGUAACAUUGCAAUGUCUAACAUGUGCAAUGCUCCUGAGUCCUAACGAUGCAAUCGGCAGUCUGAAGACCAAAAAUGAUGGCUGAGCCCCAUUUUGUCUUCCCUCUGAUCCCAAGUGGGUGAACAACAGGAACUAAUGAAUCUUCUUAAAUCUCAAGGAACCAUAAUGGUGAUGAGUAACACAAUACCGAAAUAAGCAAGCCCUGGAAGUGAAGAGUUAAAUUAAUACUGUGUUAAUUUUUAGGUGUGAUAGAUGACAUCAGGGGAGUUUAUUUUCUUGUGUGCAGUUUUAUAGUAUUGAAGAGCAAAACUGUUUAUAAAGCAACCAAUUACCAGUGUAAUGAAUUUUGUUCCUUAAUUUUAAGCCCAUGACGUAUACACUUAUACAGACAAUUCAAGAUCCACCAAAGAUCAUACCAUGGUAUGAACAGGGACGGGCUGAAAAACUCUUGGGUCCAUUAGGCUAUACCUCAAUAAUUUCAUUAACUUUCUAACAUUUAAAAACUAGGGAUGGGCCAUUUUCCUCCCUAUGCCAGCUUUGCCAUCAGCAAGAUCAUGUUUGAUCUUCUACCUCCAUUGCUACUUUCCUCAACUAAUCCCAUAUCCUUAAAUACCUAAAAAAUCUAUUUGUAUGUUCUUUAACCCACCCUUAACCAUGUGAUAUAGAAAUGGUAAUAAAAUAGACAAAACCUUAACCAGUGGAUGGGAAAUUUCCACUCUGACCCCAAUAAGGGUUGGGUUGAAACUAACUGAGAUCGUUCUCGCCCUUGCAACUUGGUGACUUUAUCAAAUGUUAGGCAUGUGUAAUGACUUGGGUAUAUUGUGUUUGAUACAUGAUGAUAAAAUUUCCACUACUGUCUCCUUCCCUAAUACUUGGCAGUUUUGGUUGAAACCAUCUGUUACAGCAAAGUUUAUUCAAGCUGAGGACGUUUGUGAGUGGGGCUGCCAGUGGAUAAUGAAUUACUGGGGGUUGAAGCCUUGUAAUUAUAGAUGUUUUGAUCUGUUUUCUUACCGUGCUUCAAGGAAGGCAAUCCUGAAACAGAAUAUGUUAACAAACUAAUUGAUGUUAAACAUGUGAAAUGAAGUAACAAAUGUUUUAGAGAUAAUUAUAUGUUUCAUUUGUAUUAAAGACUUGUUGAGUAACUUUAACUAACAUAGGAAUAAACACCAGUUUUAUUUUAAAUAAGAUCACAAACUCUUCUCCUCUAGCCCCUCCUCUUCUUCAUGUUCCUAGGAGCUAAUUACUAAACAGAAGGGACAAAUUUAAUUUAUGGAUCCAGUAUUGGCCAUUAUACAUCCUACAGAAUUUUUCUUUCUGUUGGAUAUAGUUAGAUGAUGUGUACAGAGGGUAGAUUACCUGCCCAUUUAUAGCCCAGCCAGUGUCGACCUUUCUGCUUUGUGUCAUUACCUUCAGCUGUCCAAGCACAGUUUGUUGCUACACUGUUCAUAGCUAUUGUAGGUCUACAAUAGAAGCGUCACAAGAACUCCAGUGAAGGAAGUAGCAUUUGUUGGGAACAAAACAGAAUAACCAUUAGUUUGCAGAAAACCCAUACUUUACCUGAUUUGCAAUUGUUUGGUGUACUAUUUAACCUAGUUAUGAUAUACUAGCAUUGACAACCAUUCACUAAAUAUUUCACACGUUAUGGAUCCUUGAAGCUGACAACUUUUGAGUAUAUUUCAUGUAAGUCCCUCUCCUGAAGAUUGUGUAUGUAUGUGUUUUCAAAGUUGUAUUUAAUAAAUUAAAAACAAAUUUACUAA